UACCAGCGGGGGAAGGACGUGACCUUGCCUUCCCCGCCGCGGCCUCCUCUGCGCCGCCCCGGCCUGCGGCAGCCGGUACCUCACAACAGCCCUUCCCCGUUUAGAGCCCAGCGGGUCCGACCGUGUGUCUGACAGGAAAGAGGAGAGAGGAUGCGGUGCCAGGGGGAGAAGUGCCCGCUGGGCGUCUCUUCUGGACCUUCGCCCUCCCUCGCCACCAGAGAUUAGGAUGAUAAUAUGCUGCGGAGCCUUUUUAAAGCAGUCGGCCAACUUUUAAGAAGCUACGAGGGUUUAUAGAACAGCCCUGCUUGGAAGAGACCUUGAAAUUUUGUCUGGUGCAAAGAGCAUCUGGACUAAAAACGAUAAUCCCACCAAAAAACCUCCUUCUGGUGUACAAAGCAUAAAUGCUGAACAAGAAGCAGCAAGUUUUCUCCUCUGCCCUGCUACCUCCCUAAGUGCAGCCUGUUCCUAAGCGCAGGAGCAGAUGUGUGUACUGAAGAAUAGCCGGUGUGGGAGACAGUCACUCCGUCCAUUACGACUGUACCGUGGAUAUGCUACCCCACCAGGAGAGUCUAGUGUUUCUGUAGGCAAAAUCAUUGGUGCAGGUGUCCUGUUUGUGGGUGGAGGAGUAGGUGGAACCGUCCUGUAUGCCAGCUAUGAUACGCAGUUCCGGGAGAGUGUAGAGAAGGCCGUUCCCUACUCUGAUAAACUCUUUGAGAUGGCACUUGGUCCUGCACCUUAUAGCGCACCGAUGCCAAAGAAACCGGUACCGCAAGGUCCACUGAAGAUCUCAUCUGUAGCAGAAGUAAUGAAAGAGUCUAAACAGCCUGCUACCAAACCCCAGAGGAGCAAAACAGAAGCUGUCGCUCCUUCAGAGGAAAAAGAAGCGGGCAAGGCUGCAGCUCAGAUCAUCUCCGCAACAGGUGUAGCCAUGUCAGUGCCGGCUCCGGGGAUACAGACUGAAGAAGGUAAAGAACAUGAAGGUUCCCAUGCUAUAAAAGAACGGUCACCAGAAGAAGUUGCAGCCCGGCUUGCCCAGCAAGAAAAAGAGGAGAAAGAGAAGAUAGCGGCCCUUGCUGAAACUCUAGAAGGAGCCCUAAGUGCAACAGCUCGUAUAACCCUUCAGGCGAUUACUGCCCAGGAGUCUGCUGUGCAAGCAGUGAAUGCCCAUUCACAAAUACUGAAGGAGGCCAUGGACAAUUCUGAGGCUGCUGGGGAGAAAAAAUCAUCUCAGUGGCGCACUCUGGAGGAAGCGCUGAAGGAUCGGAGGAGAGCAGUGGACGAAGCCGCUGAUGCCCUUCUGAAAGCCAAAGAAGAGUUAGAGAAGAUGAAAGGUGUAAUCGAGAAUGCCAAGAAGUCUCAGAUCGCAGGAGCCAAAUCUCACAUUAUUGCUGCAGAAGAAAAUCUUCAUCAUAUGAUAGUUGACUUGGACAAUGUUGUGAAAAAGGUUCAGGCAGCACAAUCUGAGGCCAAAAUAGUAGCUCAAUAUCAUGAGCUUGUGGCUACAGCUAGAGAAGAGUUUCAGCGAGAGCUUGACAGUAUCACCCCCGAUGUACAGCCUGGCUGGAAGGGGCUAAAGAUAACUGACGUAGCUGGCCAGUUAUCGACAGACGACUUAAAUUCUCUCAUUGCACACGCCCAUCGUCGCAUCGACCAGUUAAACAAGGAGCUGGCGGAGCAGCGAGUGAGGGAACAGCAGCACAUCGAGUCGGCCCUGGAGAAGCAGAAGCUUGAAGACAAAAAAGCGUUUGAGGCAGCUGUGGCCAAAGCGCUGGAGCAUCACAAAAGUGAGAUUGAAAUAGAACAGGAGAAGAAGGUUGAAGAAGUCCGAGAGGUGAUGGAGAACGAAAUGAGGACCCAGCUCCGGCGGCAGGCUGCUGCCCACACAGACCAUCUGAGAGACGUUCUGAAGAUCCAGGAGCAGGAACUAAAGGUGGAAUUUGAGCAGAACUUAUCGGAGAAACUCAGUGAACAAGAAAUGCAAUUCAGACGCCUUACUCAGGAACAGCUCGACAACUUCACGUUGGAUAUUAACACUGCCUACGCCAGGCUGAAAGGAAUUGAGCAAGCAGUCGAGAGUCACGCAGUAGCAGAAGAGGAAGCCAGAAAGGCCCAUCAGCUGUGGCUUUCUGUUGAAGCGCUCAAAUACUGCAUGAAAACAGCCUCUGGGGAUAGUCCCACAGAACCACUGGAGAGUGCGGUGAAGGCCAUCAAAGCCAGUUGCUCUGACAAUGCGUUUACAGAAGCCUUAACAGCUGCUCUCCCCCAGGAGUCCCUGACACGGGGAGUGUACAGCGAAGAGGCCCUCAGAGCACGUUUCUACACAGUCCAAAAACUGGCAAAAAGAGUGGCUAUGAUCGAUGAAACAAGAAACAGCUUGUAUCAAUACUUCCUGUCUUACCUGCAGUCGCUGCUUGUGUUUCACCCUCAACAGCUGAAGCCACCUCCUGAGCUCAGCCCCGAUGACCUCGACACAUUUAAAUUACUGUCUUACGCUUCGUAUUGCAUUGAACACGGAGAUCUGGAGCUGGCGGCUAAAUUUGUCAACCAGUUAAGAGGAGAGUCUAGGAGAGUGGCACAUGACUGGCUGACCGAAGCUCGAAUGACCCUAGAAACAAAACAAAUUGUGGAUAUCUUGACAGCAUAUGCCAGUGCUGUGGGGUUAGGAACAACUCAAGUGCAGUGAGCUAGGAUUGUAGUUUUGGGGGCAGUUCAGCAAUCGUUUGUGCCGGAAAGAAAUCCCAUGAUCUCCUAAGGGUUGCAAACCAAGGUGUUGGCAGGGGCUGGAAGCGUUAAAUCAAAGCACGGGUACCGUCUUGUUUCCUCGCACUGUAUUUAACUUCACCAUCUGUUGUAUUUGUAUGGGUUUUGAGUUACCAUGACAACCAACUUCAGGAAGCUUCUCUACAAUCUGUGUAACAAUUUUGUUUCCCAUCUUACCAAGCGGGCUUGUGAUCCAACCAAAAUAAUGUUUGUAACCCACCAUUAAUGAUUUGCCACUUUGUCAGCUGAAUAAAACAAGACUUCAACCACUU